CUUGAACCCAUUUCAACAUUCGGCAGGCCGCAUUAGUUCUCUUGAAGCCAUAAACUGAAUAUUCCCCUGAGGCAACUUUUCACCUUGCCGCAACCACCACUGAUCACAUCCUGUUGAAAUCCGUAAUCUUGAUUUGUCUAGUGGAUUGUGCUCUUCUUACAUUUGCUCUCUCUGCUAGUCCCUCUCCACCUUCCAAAGCUCUUAUUCAAUGGCUUUCAGCAAUAUUUAUGGUGACUACGAAGUGCGCAUGCCAAUGACUGGCUUAGCAGAAGUUUAUCUAGGCCGGAGCAUGACUACAGAGAGAGCGGCUUUUUUGAAAAUUGGGAGCACACCAGCAUGUGUAACAAGCCUUUCAGCCGAAGCACGAAUCCUUUGCGACCUUGCAGGCGUGCCGGGAGUCCCCUAGCUGCUUUGGUCGGAGACGGUGCCUGCACAUACUGUUAUUGUCACCGACGUCUACAGGCCUACGCUUGGGGCAAUCUACAAGCAGGCUGGUCGCCGGCUUGGGCUGGAUUUGAUCCUGUCCCUGGGGGAGCAGUUGCUCUCGCGACUAGAGUGGAUCCAUUCCCGGUCAAUCUCGCACGGAAAUCUCACCCCGGAAGCGCUAGCUAUGGUGGGGAGGGAAAGCUGGCAGAGCCAUCAACUUUUCAUCACUGACUUUCAGUGUGCCAGAAGAAUCGAUGAGCCGUCAGCCAUCUGGCCGGCACAGCAGGCGGACCUUAAGGCGCUGGGAGCGAUUCUUAUCUACCUCCUCGGUUCUUGUGGCUCGUGGGACGAAUUCCAAAAAGAGGGGGAUCCCAGAGGGUGCUGAGAUUCCAGCACUAAUCACCACGUUCUGUGAAUGUGUUGCAACAGCCAACCCCCGGGACUACUCUGCCCUGCAGAGACUCCUUCAGGCGUCUCCCCUGGAUCUCGGCAUGGGAUUCAUAGGCCAAUGGGAGUCUGAUAAGGCUUCACGGCGGCCUGCGCUACUCUACGACGCCCUUCAUUUGCAGGUGGAGAAAAUUGGAAAGGAGAUAUGUCUCCGUGCUGAUGACGCUCCGGGUCUGAAGCUGCUGCGCUCGCUCUCGGAGGUCAUGGAGUUGUACAUGAGUAUCCUGCUUCAAAAGCGGAUGACACGACAGCAUCUCCUGCCAAAACCCUACGACCUUCCAAGCCGUCUGUGGAGGGAUUUACGGUGGUACUUGGCUGCUGUGGCAGAUAUGACGGUGGAAUUUCUGAAGGUGGUUAUCGAAAUGAUUUAUGGUUUCAUGGCAGCUCUGUUUGAUGUUGUCCCCUGCUACAGACUACAAUAUACAUAUCUGGUUGGGCAACCUAUUACUUUGGCUGAUGAAAGAGGAAGGGUGGACACUGACAACACGAAGAAGGAGGCUUUGAAAAGGGCAAAAUGGGGGUGGCAGGAGCAUUACAAUACACUAGAGGUGGAGCUGAUGCCCAUGAGCUCACCUCAGAUUCUUUCCUAAUAUCUGUCGUGACCAUUUCUCCCGUUUCUUCCUCUCUGAACCCUCGCUGGACGGGGACCCAAGUUGUAUUUGAACCACGUCAUGUUAGAAUAUCAG